AUGUGUUACUGGCAACAACCUCCUCUCUUCUUGUGUCAGGCUGCAGAUGCAGAGGCUGUAGGUCCUGGGGUCAAGCAGGAGAGGUCUGAAGGAGAGGAAGACCCACGGCACAGCAGAGACAUCCAGACUAGAGCGGCUGGAGCACCCCCUGUAGCCACAGAGGACCCCGCCGCCGCGCCCCAGCCCAGGACCCAACGAAGCAUCACGGAGGUCAGUGGAACGCCGAACGACGUCKUCAAGUCAGAGACCGACACAGAGACUUUAACUGUAACACACAGGCUCUUACAUACAAGAUCUGACCACAGAUCAGACCCAGAGAGACUGGUGCUGGGGAAUCUGGGCUGUCCUCCUGCUCCUGGCUCACAGUAUUUACCGGUAUUUCACCAGAGCCAGAGGACGGUUUAUUCCCAUGGAGAUGUUGAUACGUUAAACACCGGAGGUGAUGAUCCGUCUUGUUCUUACGUUACAAAGAUGGACCCUGGCAACAUAUCCUUGGGUUUAGAGAGACAGACUGAUCUGUCUAGAGGGGACUGGAACCGGUACAGUAGUAGUGUAUACUCUGAAGGGUGCCUAGAUAAGAAAGGGGAGUGUCUAGUUGUAGAUGGGGUGACUGUGAAAGUGGAGGACGACACUCCUCUGACAUGGAAUGCCGACAAGACUCACUUAGGAGAAGGACACUCYCAGGGCAACACCAGUGACUUCUUAGACUACAGUGAAAGCUUAGCGACAAAUCUAAAUGUUGUGACCCACUCCCAUUUACACUCUUUCAGGGAUCGCGACCCAGUGUCCACGUCGAUGGCGCCUUCCGAUUUACAAGGCUGUGUCCUUUUCGAUCAGGUAUUGAACUCAAACGACAGGGCUAGAGCCCAGGCUCAGGGAGGAGGAGCCACAUCAGGCAAUAGUAAAGAGAAAUCGUUCCUCUGCAUGUUCUGUAACAAAGGCUUCAGCUGCUCCCAGAACGUGGCGAUCCACCAGAGGGUCCACACAGGGGAGAAACCCUUCAGCUGUACCCAGUGUCACAUGCGCUUUGCCCAGACUGGAACCCUGAAGAGGCACCAGAGGGUACACACAGGGGUGAAACCCUUCAGCUGUACCCAGUGUCAUAUGCGCUUCGCCCAGGCUGGUGACCUGAAGAGGCACGAGAGGGUCCACACAGGAGAAAAGCCAUUCGCCUGUAAUCACUGCGGAAAGAGGUUCUCUGAGAGGAGAUAUCUCAGGAUACACCUGCAAAAAAAACAUUUCCACUCUUUAACAUAGAAAGUAACCAUUCCACUUGAUAGCUUCUGACGUUUAGAUCCUACAUUAAAGGAACACUCAGCGAGAUGACAUAGAUGCAAAAAGUCAACCGCAGCAGUGGGUCAAUUUCUACAACAACUAAGAGCGUUGAAGUGCAAGGCAUUGUUGGAUAUACAGUAACUUCAGAAAUAGUUCACACCCCUUGAUCUUUUCCCACAUUUUGUUGUGUUACAGUCAGAUAUUUUGUUGUUGCUGAAAAUGACAUGUUGUGUCACUGGCCUA